AUGAAUGGUGGACAGUGUGUUCCAGUUGGUGAAGACAUACUCUGUAAUUGUCCAAUUGGGUACUCUGGAUCGCAAUGUGAAAUACCUUAUGACCUUUGUCAGCCGAAUCCUUGCUUUAACAAUGGAUCCUGUUUCCAAGAUGCUGGUGGAUAUAACUGUGCUUGUUAUGAUUAUUUCCGUGGUGACCAAUGUGAGACGUAUAUCAGUCCAUGUGCGAAGACAUCGUGCUUUAAUGGUGGAUCAUGUUUAGAUGAAGGAUAUGGUAUAUUCCAGUGUUACUGUCUACACAAUUUUACUGGAGAAUUGUGUGAUAUAAAACUGGACUAUUGUGAAUCUAACCCAUGCCUUAAUGGAAUGUGUAAAAAUGAGGAAUAUGGCUAUGUGUGUGAUUGUGCACAUGGUUAUGCAGGUAGAAAUUGUGAUGUAGCAAUCAAUUAUAAUUGUCGACAUGUAGAUUGUCAAAAUAAUGGUAGAUGUAUUGAGAACGAAGAGGGACCAAGUUGUUCUUGUGUUCGGGGAUAUUCAGGUAUACGUUGUGAGGUUAAUGUUGAUGAUUGUUCCUCUUCACCCUGUAAGAACAGUGCCACGUGUGUUGAUGGCUAUGAUGAAUAUAUGUGUAGAUGUAUACCCGGUUUCGGUGGUCGCCAUUGUGAAGAAGAUAUAAAUGAAUGUAUGGAAUGGAAACGAUGUACUGAAAACAACAGGAUAUGUAUAGAUAGACCACGUGGAUAUGAUUGUGUUUGUAAUUCAGGAUUCACUGGAAUGAAUUGCCACGAUCCUAUAGAUGAAUGUGUACAUAUGAACUGUCUUAAUGGAGGGUAUUGUGAAGAUGGUUAUGGAAUAAAUGAUGCUAUCUGUGUCUGUCCUAAAGGCUUUUCAGGUACCGAAAGUAACUGUGAUGUACUUUAUAAAUCUGGUUGUGAGUUAUCUCCCUGUUUAACCAACGCAACGUGUAUACCAGACAUCUUAUCUUUAGAAGGGUUUCGGUGUGAGUGUCCGGAAUCGAAUGUACCAUAUGAUAAAAACUGCAAACCAUUACCUUGUGUGUUCUCUCCUUGUUUGAAUAAUGGUAUUUGCUAUGAUAAUUACGAUGCUUCUUUUACCUGUCAAUGUGUUGGAGGAUUUUCAGGAACUCAUUGCGAAACUGCACAAGUUAUAGGUAAGUCUUAA